AUGUCAUCACAAUCAGAGUUUGCCAAAUUAGUAGCUAGUCUCAAACCAAAACAAAUUCUAGAAAAUUGGUCAGAUAUAACACCAUUGAAAAAAAUAUCUGGGAUUCCAAGAUCAGCGGGUUCAGGAACAAAUUCAUCUAAUUCUCAACAAGAUCAAGAAUUAUUUAAUGGACAUGAUGAAGAACAAAUUAGAUUAAUGGAAGAAUUAUGUAUUGUAUUAGAUAAUGAAGAUAAACCAUUAGGAGCAGGAACAAAAAAAUUAUGUCAUAUGAUGGAAAAUAUAAAUAAAGGAUUAUUACAUAGAGCAUUUUCAGUAUUUUUAUUUAAUGAAAAAAAUGAAUUAUUAUUACAACAAAGAGCAGAUGAAAAAAUAACAUUUCCACAAAUGUGGACAAAUACUUGUUGUUCUCAUCCAUUAUGUGUACCUAGUGAAUUAGGUAUAUCAGAAUUAAAUAAUGAUGUUAAUGAUUUGACUAAUGCUAUAGAAGGUGUUAAAAUUGCAGCACAAAGAAAAUUAGAUCAUGAAUUAGGUAUACAAUUAAAAGAUGUUCCAAUUGAAAAUUUUACAUAUUUAACAAGAAUACAUUAUAAAUCAGCAAGUGGAGAUGAAAAAACAAGUAAAUGGGGAGAACAUGAAAUUGAUUAUAUUUUAAUAUUAAGAACUAAAAAUGAUAUACUGAUAAAUGCAAAUUAUAAUGAAGUUAAAGAUUUUAAAUAUGUAACUGCAUCAGAAUUAAAAGAAAUGUUUAAAGAUGAUUCAUUAGUUUUCACACCUUGGUUUAAGUUAAUUUGUCAAACUUUUUUAUUUAAAUGGUGGGAUAAUCUUAAUGAUUUAGAUCAAUUUAAAGAUGAUACUAUACAUCGUUUACUAUAA